UGUCCCCCCCGAGGCAGCAGCGCCAUGGUGAAGCAGUCGGACCGAGCCCCGCUGCUGGACUGGGAGGAGAUCCCCCCGCCGCCCGACCCCAGCCAGGCGGGCCCGCUGCAGCCGCCGCCGCUGACAGAGGACGCUCCGGAGGGGAAAAGUUCGCAGGCACCCGGCGGGACCGCGCCCGGUUCUGGGUGGGGCACCACAACAAAAGCCAAGGUCUGCAGCCCAUCCAAGGCGGUCACAGCUGUUGUUGCCGGCGGGGUCCGGAGCCCAGGCCGCCCGCUGACAGAUCCCCGCGGGCCGGGGUGGACUCGUCCGGAGCCUCUGGGAGCGGAUCAUCGUGUUCUCUUCCCCGGCCUCUCGGUGAGGGAUCAGUGGGAGGAGAAGGACCAGAUCGUGGCUGUGUUCGUGGUCACGUUUGAUACGAGAUCAGGGAACAUGGUGGAGUGGUGCCUGCCUCACGACGUCAACCUUGACGGAGUGGAAUUCAAGUCGAUGGCCAGUGGCUCUCACCGGAUCAACAGUGACUUCAUUUAUUUCCGUAAAGGCUGUUACUUCGGCCUGGCCUGCUUCGCCAACAUGCCUGUGGAGAAUGAGCUGGAGAGGGGGGCGAGGAUGAAGUCUGUGGGGAUUCUGUCUCCGUCCUACACCCUGCUCUACCGCUACAUGCACUUCCUGGAGAACCAAGUCCGACUCCAGUUGAAGUGUCCAGGCCAGUACUCUCCACUGGAGGCCUUCUACGAGGACAAGAAGGCCGUCCUUCCACCGACAGGAAAUGGCCUGGUCACGGCUUGUCCGACCUGGAGUGUCACCACCAUCAACCGCUGCAUGCACCCGGAAAUGAAGAUCACCCACCCUGCGGGCUGCAUGUCCCAGUUCACCCAGUUCUUUGGGGAGCAGAUCAUGGUGCUGUGGAAGUUUGCGUUGCUGAGGAAACGUCUCCUCCUCUUCUCCCCUCCGCCUGUAGGUGUGGUCUGCUACAGGGUUUACUGCCUUUGCUCCCUGGCCAACGUGUCUCUACCUGGAGUCGGCGUCUCUGUGCCUGAGUUGCGUCCGUUCUUCUACAUCAACAUAGCCGACAUCCCCACGCUGGAAACGGAGAUGUCAUAUGUGGCCUGUACCACAGAGAAGAUCUUCGAGGAGAAGAAGGAGCUGUACGACGUCUACAUCGAUAACCAGAAUGUGAAAACACACAGGCCCCACCUGCAGCCGCUGCUCCGGCUGAACGCGGCGGACAGGGAGAAGUACAGGAAACUGAGUGAGCAGAGACAACUGCUGCUGUACUCGCAGGAGGUGGACGGAGACUGCACGUCUAACGAGGAGGAUCUUUUCAUCCUAUUCUUCAUGGAGCUGAACAACCGCAUCUUCCAGACCCUGUCCGAGGUGGCAGGGAGCUCCGACCCCACCCUGACCGCUGAUCACGUGAGAGCCAUGGGGCUGGAUCCCCAGUGUGACCGCUCCUUCCUGGUCGACCUGCUGGAGGUGUACGGUAUCGACGUCGCCCUGGUCAUAGAUAACCUCUGUUGCUCCUGAGCCCCCCCCCCCCCUUCUCCUCACUCAGCCUGGGAAUCUCAGGACAUCACUGGAUUAUCUGUGCCUUCAAGGCCCACGCACACCAAGACACUGAAGACACUGCCUCCACCCUGGGGCUUCAUCUGUCGCCUGCUGUACUCUGCUGGGUGUGUGUUACCCCCCCCCCCCCCCCCCGUGUUUGUGUCUCAUCUGACCUGUAGAGACCGUUUCCAGCCGGUGUGUGUAAAAAAGGACACUGAGCGUUGAUGCGCCUGUUCACGGGGGAGGAUCAAUUCCUGCCCGGCAGACAGCGCACGCCCCUUAGAGCCUUCCACCUCUUCCAUCACUUCUGUGACUCCUUGUCUGCUCUUGACUGACUCAGAUUCCCAGCUCACGUGGCUAGGCUUUAAGCACUGGAAAACAUAAACCUGUCUGGAUAGGGCCUGGUCAUCGCAGCAGGACGCUCAGCCGCUCUCUGGUGCCCCCCCGUCAAAGAAAGUGACACAUUCACAGUCCUCCAGCUUCGGUCGUCACUUGCGCUUUCUCCGGAGAACACAUUCACAUGAUUUGGACAAGUUUUUAAAAGCCAGGGUUUAAUUUGAGUCCUUCAAAAACCUUUUGUUUGAAAUUCCUAGCCACCGUGACGUGUGACAAAUUCAACGACGUCAGAUCCUCUGCUGUUAUACCAUACGUGGGUGUUGGAGAUAUGUUCCUUGCUCUUGUGAAGCUACUCUUUGAAAGCUUUGUGACCACUUAAUUUGCCUUUUCAAAAAAAAGAAAGCAAUAGGAGUCUGUGUCGGCUGAAGGUAUCGGCCUUUUUUCAUGUAGAUGCAGACGCACAGUCGUUGCUGAAAACCUCUUUUUCAUUAAGUAUAAUUACUCUGAAGGGAAAAGCUGUUAUAAAUACUUCCAUCACUUCGAUGCACCUUCAACACGAGUGUCUCUGUUUGAUCCCAGUUCCAGUCAAAGCUUUGUCGGGGGUGUUUUGUCGUGUGUUGUGUCUCUUACUUGGAAAAAGGACUGAUUAAUGAAUGUGUCUCUAUAACACUUAACUUAUCAUGAAUGCUGCACCAAGUUCACCACUGGACUGUUUCCUGCUGCGCACAGUGAUCAUGCUUAACUGUAAUGUGUGUGUUUUUUAUUAAGAUGCUAUGUUUAUGAGCCAGCAAGUGGUCGUGUAGUCAAGGAUUAUUUUGUGUAAUUUUUGUGUGUGUGUUGUUGCAAAACUGUAUCCAGGCUUCCACUGUACACAGAGUCUGGUUGGAUAUCUCUAGUGAUCCCAGUGGAUGAAGAGUCCUUGAUGGAGCCGUUUGGAGUUUCCUUGUUUGUCAGCCUCAAACAGCUCCCCCUCUUCUUGUCUGCAUUCGUGACAAAGACUCCUUUGUGUUUUUUGUUUUUUUUUAGAUCUGCUAAUGUCAUGUUUAGGGCUGAGCUGGAAGCUUUGACUCCUCCUCUACGGGUGCAUUCACAGAAAGGCCCCUGUCUGUUCCCGCUGAGGGCUUCUCUGGGUUCUUUUCAUCGCGGCCCCUUUCAGAGGCUCCGGCUCCAGAGACGGGCCAACUGUGUGUUUGUGAAGGCUGCUGGCAGACCCGGUUGUGUUCGUCCAUCUCAUUGUCAGAGUGAUGAUCUGUUCCACAUUGGAACACAUGAGGAAGUCGUCGAUGCCUCGUAUAUAUAUAUAUUCAGUGCAGUGGUUCUCAACCUUGUCGUGGGCCCCCUGAUGGACACUGUCAUUCCCUCCGCCAAGGUUACGUCUGCGAUUGUCUGUUAGGAAUGAACACAUGAAAUACUUUGAUCCGGAUCAGGGGACGAAUCCAGCAGUUUUAUUUGUAUUGCUUUCUCUAAAAUUCCGAGAUAGGUGCAGUGUGACAUUUUGUCCAGAGCCAAUUUGAAAGAAUGUGGAUCUAGUGAAUUUAAAUGCGGUUUUACAAAGUGACAGUUGGGCCUUGGCGGAGGUAGUGAAUACUUGGUAAUGUGUCCUCUGAGGAAGAACACUGGAGAAAAGCCUAAUUGUUAUUCCGACAAAAAAAUAGUCCCCAAAGUAUUUCGUUUUUUUUUAAAUGUCACAUUCUAAACAGGCUCUUCCAGGGGCCACAGGUUGAGAAUUGCAAAUUGUAUAGUCUGUACUUUGAGAAAAGAAAGUGUUGUGUAUAUGAAAGAAAAGGACACUUGUGCUUUGUUGUUUCAAUGGGGCCUUAAAAGACAUGUGACCUUCUCACGUCAAAGCAGCGAGCGACUCACUCGGCAUUAUUUGUUGAAAGAUUAAGUUCGUUGUUCCGAGCUCCUCUGAAUGUCCUUACUGUCUCCAGUGGAACCUGUCGCCUCUUGUUUGCUCGUCAGGGGACAUGUUUUCUUAUCUCCGACAGUGUUUGCUCUACAGGUGUACGUUUGAUGUAAAAAAAACAAAAGGGAACGUACACACCACGUUGCCACUGUAUAAAAUGCCUUCUGUGUGGAGUCGCCUGCAGCCGGGCAGCAGCCGAGCGAAUCCGCUUGUACAGCGCGUCACUACUGAUUGUCAGAGACAGCAGACGUAUUGCACACAUGCAGCAGCACAUCCAAAUAGUUGUAACCGUUUAUCUUCUCGAUUGUAACGUGAUUCAAAGUUUAUUCAAAGAAUAACGAGUAAGUCUUCACCUUUUACUAAUGUGAAAUCCUGUCAGUAAUAAUGUACACGUCAACUCAAUAGCAUGAGCAACUGUUAAAUUCACUGUACUGCCAUCGUAAGACAAUAAAACACUGAUACUGGUUAA